UCUAUUGCACGUGCCACCUCUCCUGGCACAGAGGCUUCUCCCUCUAUUGCACGUGCAUCCUCUCCUGGCAAAGAGGCGUCUCCCUCUUUUGCACGCGCCCCUUCUCCUGGCACAGAGGCUUCUCCCUCUAUUGCACGUGCCCCCUCUCCUGGCACAGAGGCUUCUCUCUCUAUUGCACGCACCCCUUCUCCUGGCACAGAGGCUUCUCCCUCUAUUGCACGUGCAUCCUCUCCUGGCACAGAGGCUUCUACCUCUAUUGCACGUGCCCCC